CAUCGUCGGAUCGUCGGAUUGGCGGUUACAUUCUGAGUAGUUGACACUUGAUAAGAGUCCCUCGUCAUCGUCCGGUCGUCGUCGCCGGAGAGAGAGAGAGAGAGAGUGAGAGAGGUUUUAGCUAUUAGUAUAGCGUUGGAAGCGGUGUCGACACUGCUACCUCACAUAAUUACUUCACCAACAAUCAACUAAAUCGGAAUCUCCUCCAGUCUCCAGCUCUGAUCCGGUAGAUAGAGAAAAAUAGAGAGAUCUUGUAGUCAUCAAAAUGGCUUCCAAGCUGCUCUUGAUCAUCGUCUUCAUCUUCGAUCUCAUCGCCUUUUCCCUUGCCAUUGCUGCUGAGCAGCGUCGAAGUUCUGCCACUGUCGUCAGUGAUUCUUCGGAGCAAUACUAUUGUCGCUAUGACUCAGACAUUGCAACUGGUUUGGGUGUGGGCUCAUUUCUGUUCCUCAUGGCUAGCCAAGUUCUUAUAAUGGUGGCAAGCAGGUGCUUCUGCUGUGGGAAAGCUCUGAACCCUGGAGGUUCAAGGGCUUGCGCAAUAGUCCUCUUCAUCACCUGCUGGGUGACAUUCUUUAUUGCCGAGAUUUGCUUGCUGGCUGGUUCAGCAAGGAAUGCCUACCACACAAAAUACAGGACAAUGAUUUCGAGUCAGCCGCCUUCUUGCCAGACCCUUAGAAAGGGAGUUUUUGGGGCAGGAGCAGCAUUCAUUUUUUUCACUGGCAUAUUAUCUGAGCUUUACUAUGUUCUCUAUGCCAAGGCUAGGGAUAGCUUCCAAGCCCCUUAUGCAAGAGAAACCGGUGUGGGGAUGGGAACCUACCAUUGAGCUUGCUUGAGGUGAUUCCUAAUCAGCCACCAACACCUUGUGAAAUAUGAGGCUAUUGGGAUCUUUUGAUUGAUUGGUUUGCUGUGAUUCACUAGUUCCUUUAUAGUUAAUCUGUUAGUUGAAGAGAGCAUGUGAUAUAGAAAAAAAAAACAAGAAAUUAGUCACAUAUUGUUUUUUGUAGUGCAAUUUGACAUUUUAUUUUUUAUUCUUUGUUUAUGUUUAUCUUGAUUGAUCAUACAAUCAUGUUGACUGUAAAUUAGGUGAUUUGGGUGUUGUAUUCAUGUUCAAUGUAAUUGUUUCUGUUGGCUAACCUGGAGUUGAAGUCUCCUCCUUUUCUCACAUUUUUUUACCUCUUAAAUUAAAAGAUGUCUUCUGAUUACUGCA